UGGCGCUCGGCCAUCCAGAAACAAACCACUUCGAUGACUCCUAAUAGUUAUCGCCAGAUGUACUAAUACACAACAAAUCACGGUCCGAGAGAGGGGGAAGAGCAAAUGAGUUCCUAUUUCGUGAAUCCCACUUUCCCGGGGAGCCUGCCGGGAGGCCAGGACUCUUUCCUCGGGCAGAUCCCCCUGUACCCGACGGGGUAUGAUGCUCUCAGGCAUUUUCCGGCUUCGUACGGGGCGAGCAGCCUGCAGGACAAGACUUACACCUCACCUUGUUUCUACCAACAGUCCAACACCGUCAUUGCUUGCAACCGGGCUUCCUAUGAGUACGGAGCCUCUUGUUUUUACUCGGACAAGGAAAUUAGUAGCGCCUCUCCCUCCGGCAGUGGGAAGCAGAGGGGGCCCGGGGACUACCUGCACUUUUCUCCCGAGCAACAGUACAAAUCCAGCGGCGUCCAAGCCAAAAUUGUAAAUGACGAAGGCACCGACCGGAAGUACACGAGUCCUGUUUACCCCUGGAUGCAGCGGAUGAACUCGUGCGCUGGUACAGUAUAUGGAACUCAUGGGAGACGAGGGAGGCAAACUUACACCAGAUACCAAACGCUAGAGUUAGAGAAAGAAUUUCAUUUUAACAGAUACUUAACCCGAAGACGACGCAUUGAGAUUGCAAACGCUCUCUGCCUUACUGAACGCCAGAUUAAAAUAUGGUUUCAAAACAGGCGGAUGAAAUGGAAAAAGGAAAACAAAUUCAUAAAUUCCACACAGCCCAGCAGCGAAGAAACAGAGGAAAAGUCAGGGGAGUAGAACCACGUUUAAUAAACGCUACCAGGCCUUUCCU